AUGCUGGGCUUCCAGGCACCGACCGCUGUGCAGCGGCCCCACGCGCUGUGUGCGGCCGGCAGCUGUGGCCCUCGGACGCCGCUGCCGGCAGCAUUUGUUGGGCAGCGGCGGAUGAAAUUUCAGCAGUGGCGGGGCCGCCUGCUCAAGGCUGCUCAGGUUGAGACUAUCACCGAGGCGCCGGCCGCCGCGCCGUCGGCGCCAGCGGCUGGCGGCGGCGAGGGGCAGGACGGCGAGGCGCCCGUUGCGCCGGGCGUCGUGAUCGGCGAUGACAACCUCGGGGACAAGACCAAGGCGGGCUCCUCAGGAAUAUCAUCCGGCCUGCGCAUGGAGGGGGUGGCCAUGACUUUCAAAAACCAGCAGGUGCUCAAGGACUGCACCUGGGAGGUCAAGAAGGGCGAGCGCGUCGGACUCGUGGGCGUCAACGGCGCGGGCAAGACGACUCAGCUCCAGAUCAUUAUGGGCAAGCUGAUCCCGGACACGGGCGAGGUGGUCAAAGCCAAGCGCAACAUGAAGAUCGCGUACCUGGCGCAGGAGUUUGACGUGCAGCCGGGGCGCACCGUGCGGGAGGAGUUUUACAGCGUCUACGACAAGCAGCUGCAGGUUGUGCGGGAGCAGGAGGAGAUCAGCAAGCAGCUGGAGUCUGUCGGCGAAGACAUGGACGCCAUGCAGUCGCUGCUUGACCGCCUGGAGAAGCUCAACGCGGCCGCCAUCGAUCUGGACGUGAACCUGCUGGACAAGAAGAUCGACCAGAUGAUGCCGGAGCUGGCGGCGGCUGGCAGAUGA